UUAGGAGUGUCUCACAGAACUGACUGCUGAAAGAGUCAAAUGGCAACAACAGCACACCUAAAGCACCCAGCCUGCGUAUCUAUGGCAAGUGCCUGGCUAUAGGGGGUGUGAUGCUACAGAGAGUCUGCUGGUUCCUGCGUGAGGCAGGCGCUGUUGAGGGGACCAGAAAUCUGUUCUCUGCAGAUCAGAUUUCCACACAGAGAUCAUUUCAUCCACGUAAGAAUUGUAGGGUGAUAUCCCUGAACGUUGCUUAUAUCAGGCUUAUCCAUAGCAAAAGAAGGAUGCUCAAAAAACAAAUCAAAAGCCCCUCUAAAUUUGUCUUCUCCUUUCUGAAAGCAUGGUGUUCACCAGUAGCUGUACCUAUUUGUACUUUCCAUCUUGGUGAGGUUGUGUCAGUCACACAGGGUCCUGCUACAGUUGCUGACAAGGUGAGCAAGGGCAGGAGGAGGGGCAGGCCUGUCCGGCAUCAGCCCUUCCGUGCUCGCCCCAUGGCACCAGCUGUGGGUACCCAGUGGGUGGUCCUGCCCUGCUGGCUGGCAGCAGCGGCCAUCUAUGCUGUGUUGAAUGAACCACUGCAGCUAUCAGUGUUCUGGGUUGUGUGUUACUGCCAUUCCUACAUCAUAGUGUGUGGAGUUUAUGUUUCAAAUUAUCCUGAAUUGUAGGGCAGACACUGAAGGGAGUUCUGCACUCAGUGACAGAGAAGGCUGUUCAGCUGGUGCUGAGCAGAGCUGGGACGCAGAUCAACUUGGUGCUUGUGGUGUGGCUGCUGUGCAUUCCCCAGUUUUAACCUCUAGCAUUUGCAGUAGCUCUGGGAUGUUACCUUCUGCACAGACGCAAGUUGACCAAAAUAAAAUCCUUCUGAGAAUGUGACAUUUUCUACAUGUGAGAGAAAUAAAUAAGUAACGGUGGAGAGGAAAAGUGGAAAAGAAGAUAGGAGAAUUUACAUAAUCUUGGUUCAGCUACAAGUUCUGUUUGCUUAUGGGCUUACUGAGCAAGUUUCAAGUUGAGGCAUUUCAGACCUUGUUACUACCCUGGCAACAAAACAAGUCUUACCUACCUUUUUUUACACAGGGAUUCUUUUAUAAUCUUGCACAGAGUAGUAUGAGGAAGCUUUUGCUUGCUCUAAGUUGCUAUGUGGUUAACAGUAAAUUGCAGAGCUGAAUUGGCAAAUCUUACUGGUGCUGCAGUCCCAGUGCUUCUGACUGUGAAAAUGUGAAGGCUGGCAUACUGCUGCUGCUAUGGUCAACAUUAGCUGAAUGAAUGGACUUCAUAUGCCUGAUCUUGUGCUUUUACACUGUAUUGACAGUUGGAAUUAACAGCAGGGAAGAAAAUGUUAAAGGUUCAUAGGCAAGGGAAGCGUGACUGGCUGCCAGUAAUUGGCAGUAACCGUGAUUUAAAAGUCAAAUAAGCAUGUAGCUCCUGAAUGAGCAGAAGCACUCCUGAAGAGCAGUUGUUUAUCUGAAAAAUUAUUCAAAUGGCAUUAUGGAGUUUCUCAUUGAAUGUCAUGAUGGUUUCCAGAACUAGUUUUCUUGCUCUGAACAUAAAAUGGGGGAGAGAAACCACAUUGCCAAAUUUAAAAGUGCAAUCUGGAGUCUGAAUGAAUGCAAAGUUUUUUUGUUAUUCUUUAUGUCUGGUGGGUGGCCAAAAGUAGAGCCUUGCUUGCAUCAAUUUGUUCCCCAUGUUGUCAGUAGUGUCCUCAGUGAUUCCUACUCUUGUGCAUGGCAAUUUUUUUACCAGGUGUAAGUCAUGUGGCUGGGCUGGUACUCGAGCUACAGGAAAAAUAUUGUCUGUCUGCGUUGGCUUCUCACAGCUUGUGGCAGUAAAAUUGCAAAGGUUAGAAAUUGACACAGAAUAAUGCAAAAAUGAGGAAGAGGAGACUUUCUUCACAGUUAAGUUUCUUAAUGAUACCUUUCAGGAUUUUGGAAACCUUUAAAAGCGGAGUUAUGCUCUUCUAUCACCAUACCCUAAUUUGUAGUUGUUCAAAAUAAAAUACACAGAUUUGUCUGAUUUGGUACAUUGUUACAUCCAGCAACUGAAGGCAAGACCAGAUAGAACCUUUGGGUUGUGCACACGUGCAUGUGUUUACACUGCUCAGCUUUCUCCCAUACAGGCUGUGCUGUGACGUGCAGGAGGAAUAGCAGGCAGAUAUUAUUGCUGCUGACCCAGUAGACAAGCACAAGAAUAGCCAUCAUGACCGCAGGAAGAAGCAGGGUUUGCUAGCAGGGUAAUGGCAUAGUGAUAUCUUGCUUUGAUCAGAAAAGCACCAGACAUCCCCUGGCCCUAGGAGCACUGAGUGCCAAAAGCUGUCAGACGCAGAGUGUACGCUCUGUGCCAUCUGGGACAUGGGUUCUGGGAAAGGGGACACUGGGCUGGUGUAAGCUGCUACUGUGGUAUUGCUGAAGUCCUGAGGCCGGUACAGCUUACACCAUCUGGUGAUCCGUCUGAGUUCAUUAUGGUAGAGGGAUGUCUAGGAUUUCAUUCUCUACAGUGCUUUGACCAUACCCGUCUCCUUUUCCCCUUAAGAGUCAGUCAAAACAAAGCCCAUUUUAAAAGAAAUGAAUGUAGAAAAUGUGAAACGUAAGGAUCUUUUACAGAGUGUCUUUUACAGUGCUGGGACAUAAAACAGAGCAGUGGAAGAUAAGCCGUUAUGUAUGUUGAGGAAGCCUAAGAAUAAAGAUUAUAGGCAAACAGUCUACCUUUCUUUACAAGGCCUUGAUUUACAUCCCUGAAAUCUCAAAUUUAGCUAUUACAAUGAAGUCCUGUUGCGCACAGAGCUGACUUUUUAUCACCACUUAAAAUCUAAUUAAUCCGUAUCGAAGCACAAAGAUUUCUGUUGUAUUUUAGGGUGAGGGGUCAUAGAGCCUUCUUUGUUCAUCCUCAGGCUUGUAAUCAUCAGGCAUUGGGAUAUAAUUUUACCAAGCAAAUUGGAAGGUAACAGAUCAAAUCCUUAUCGGAAAGACUAACUCAUGGUUUAGUGAAGUCCUUCAUCCUUUAUGUGAAACAUUAUAUUCGUGAAGAACAAAAAAGUGUUUGAGAGCUUACAAAGGGUUAAUAGCAAGGGCUUAUAUUUGGGGCAGGAGAGAACUAAAAUCUUCAUAGCUUCCACCACCACUCGAGACAGCAGUUGUUAGAGAACCGCUGGGGCAACCUUCUUCCACAAGCUUUUAGGACUACUCUUACAAUGGCCUUGGUUUAUCGACCAGUGGUGCAAUUAAGUGGCAUAUUAUUAUCUCUGUUGGGAUGGGUCCUAUCCUGUCUCACUACCUAUUUACCUCAGUGGAAAAAUCUUAACUUGGAACUGAACGAACUGGAGAUCUGGACCAUGGGACUCUGGCAAGCUUGUGUUGUCCAAGAAGAAGGGGGAAUGCAAUGCAAGGACUUUGAUUCUUUCUUAGCUUUGCCUCCAGAACUCAGGAUUUCUAGGAUUUUGAUGUUUUUUUCCAAUGGACUGGGGCUUUUGGGCCUCUUGUUCUCAGGAUUUGGGUUGGACUGUUUGAAAAUUGGUGGAAGACAACAGGAUCACAAGAAACGGCUGUUGCUGUUUGGGGGAAUGCUCUUCUGGAUGUCGGGGAUUACAGCUAUUGCCCCAGUUUCUUGGGUUGCCCACUCCACAGUCCAGGAAUUUUGGGAUGAGAAUAUACCAGAUAUUGUUCCCAGGUGGGAUUUGGGGGAAGCAUUAUUUGUUGGCUGGCUUGCUGGAUUUUGUCUUAUACUAGGAGGAUCCCUACUUAACUGCACAAUCUGCUCAACUGAACUUCAUCCAUCUUCGGUCCAUUAUGCAGUAACAGAACAGCAAGAUCAGUGUCAACACUUAGAAACUGAAACUAGGCCUUAAAACCAAAGGCUUUAAGUAG